CCCGCGCUUUAAUGGCACAUUGCACAUUGUGAAAAACAACAAGGAAAACAAUGGCAGAAGAAACAUCGUCAGAUCCAUUUUCUACAGCCACAAGUCCUUCUAGGGGUUCUAGAGGGCGAAGGAGUAGUCGUGGGGACCCACUUACUUCCAGUCCAGGACGAGAUUUACCUCCCUUUGAAGAUGAGAGUGAAAUGGAUGCUGGAGCUGCUGAGGAGGAGGCUGAUGGAGAAGAACUGUUUGGAGAUAACCUGGAACAAGAUUAUCGUCCAAUCCCUGCAUUAGAUGUAUAUGAUCAAGAGGGUCUCGAUGAGGGAGAUUUCUCUGACAUAUCAGAAUCACAACGAGCAGCUGCAGAAAGAGAAAUACGUCAGAGAGAGAAAGAAGAAGGUGUUUUGUAUGGUCGUAUGAGAAGGGGCUUGAUGUAUGAAGAAUCUGAUGAAGAAGAUGACGAAGCUCCAAGAAAACGACGACGUGCAGAAAGGGCUGCUGAAGGAGAUGUUGAAGAAGAAGAGAUGAUAGAAAGUAUAGAGAAUUUAGAAGACAUGAAGGGCCAUUCUGUACGAGAAUGGGUAUCAAUGUUAGGGCCUAAAACAGAAAUCAAGAAUAGAUUUAAAAAUUUCCUUAGAACAUUUGUAGAUCAGAAAGGCCACAAUGUGUAUAGAGAAAAGAUAAGACAAAUGGUAGAAGCAAACAAAGAAAGUUUAAUAGUCGAUUACAAUAUGCUGGCCUCUGUAGAACAAGUAUUAGCAUACUUUUUGCCUGAAGCUCCCGCUGAAAUGUUGACAAAUUUUGAUGAGGCUGGUACAGAGGUUGUUAUGAGUAUGUAUCCCAAUUAUGACAAAAUUGUGAAAUCGAUCCAUGUUCGAAUAGCUGAACUUCCACUUAUAGAAGAAUUAAGAUCAUUAAGACAGUUACAUUUGAAUCAGUUGAUACGUACCAGUGGUGUAGUAACAAGCUCAACAGGAGUCAUGCCCCAAUUGAAUGUUAUUAAAUAUGAUUGUAACAAAUGUAACUUUUUGCUUGGACCAUUUUAUCAGUCACAGAGUCAAGAAAUCAAGCCUGGUUCUUGUCCGGAAUGUCAGUCAACUGGACCAUUUGAAAUCAACAUGGAACAGACUUUAUAUAAGAAUUACCAAAGAAUAACUAUUCAAGAAAGUCCUGGUAAAGUACCCGCUGGUAGACUUCCUCGAUCUAAAGAUGCUAUAUUACUUGACGAUUUGGUAGACACGUGUAAACCGGGUGAUGAAAUUGAAUUGACUGGUAUCUACCAUAAUAACUAUGAUGGUUCAUUAAACACACAGAAUGGAUUUCCAGUAUUUGCCACAGUAAUACAGGCAAAUUUCAUCACAAAAAAAGAUGACAAACUGGCUGCAGCAAAUCUGACAGAUGAAGAUAUUAAAGCUGUGGUUCAAUUGUCAAAGGAUGAGAGAAUAGGGGAAAGAAUAUUUGCAAGCAUAGCACCAUCUAUUUAUGGUCAUGAAGACAUCAAACGUGCCAUAGCAUUAGCUGUUUUUGGAGGUGAACCUAAAAAUCCAGGAGGAAAACAUAAAGUGAGAGGUGAUGUAAACAUCCUAUGUUGUGGUGACCCAGGAACAGCUAAGUCACAGUUUCUUAAAUAUGUAGAAAAAACUGCUCCAAGAGUUGUAUUUACCACUGGACAAGGAGCCUCAGCUGUUGGUCUCACAGCAUAUGUCCAAAGGAAUCCAGUGUCCAGGGAAUGGACCCUGGAAGCAGGUGCAUUAGUAUUAGCUGAUAAAGGAAUUUGUUUAAUUGAUGAGUUUGACAAGAUGAACGAUGCUGAUCGUACAAGUAUACAUGAAGCUAUGGAACAACAGAGUAUAUCUAUCUCUAAAGCUGGAAUAGUUACUUCCCUUCAGGCUCGGUGUUGUAUUAUAGCUGCAGCUAAUCCCAUUGGUGGAAGAUAUGACCCAUCAUUGACCUUUGCUGAAAAUGUGGAUUUAACAGAGCCUAUUUUGUCUAGAUUUGACGUCCUGUGUGUUGUUCGAGAUACAGUUGACCCAAUACAGGAUGAAAGAUUAGCUAGAUUUGUAACAGGCAGUCACAUUAAACAUCAUCCUAAUGCAACAGAUGCUCAAGCAGAUGAAAAUUUGAAUCUGUUGAAUACAAGUGCAUCAGUUGAGCCAUUACCUCAGGAUUUACUUAAGAAAUACAUUAUUUAUUGUAAAGACAAAGUUCAUCCAAAACUCCAUCAAAUGGACCAAGAUAAAGUUGCAAAGAUGUACUCAGAAUUGAGAAGAGAAUCAAUGGCUACAGGAAGUAUACCAAUUACAGUCCGACAUAUUGAGUCCAUGAUACGUUUAGCAGAGGGACAUGCUAAGAUGCACCUGAGAGAUUAUGUUAAUGAAGAUGAUGUCAACAUGGCCAUGAGAAUUAUGUUGGAAAGUUUCAUUAGUACACAAAAGUUCAGCAUCACAAGAACAAUGAGAAAGACAUUUAGCAGAUAUUUGACAUACAAGAAGGACAACAAUGAAUUGUUACUGUUUAUUUUGAAACAAUUAGCUAUGGAUCAGAUGUCAUUCCAGAGGAACAGAUUUGGACUUGACCAAGAGACCAUAGAAAUUUCAGAAAAAGAUUUGGCAGAUAAGGCACGACAAAUCAACAUCAGUAACCUGACAAAUUUCUACGAAAGUGAUAUAUUUAGGUCAAACAGGUUUAACCUGGACAGGAAAAGGAAGAUGAUCGUCCAGACAGUAUAAAGUUCACAGUGCAAUUUUCACAGGAAGAUCAAUUUUCAAAUUACAUUACAAAUACAGAUUUUGUAAGAUUUGAUAUUACGGAAACUCCAUUCAGCAUAGUACUCAUUAAUACUUAAUGUGUUCAAAUAAAAAAAUGUGUUCAUAAAGAAUGUGAAUGUAGAUCUAUACACCUUACUGUGUUCAUAUUUUACAGGUUAUUUUUGUGGACUUUUCAUAUCUUGCUUCAUUAGUAGUCCUCAUUAGUUAAUUGAUUUAUCUCUUUUUCUGUUUAACCAAAUGUUUACAUCAGGCUGUAGUGGUUCAAGUAUUAAUUCACAGAAUAAGCCAAUAGAAAUUCAAAUUUAACUAGAGAGAAAUGAAUUAAAAAAUCAUGGGCUGCUCCUAAUUUAGGACCAGAACAAUGCAAUUCUCUCCCAUUUGUUGUCUCUUAAAUCAUUCUGUAGUAGAACUUUAGAAAGGCAUUAGAUAAGGUCUACUUCAUGAACCUUAUGUGGCAGAGAAUGAAGGGAUUUCCAAAAUCCACCCUAAACCCAACACUUUCUCAGGAAAUGUGCAUACAUAAAUUGGACAUGCAGUCAUAAAUGACACAUGUGCAUAAAUAAAAUGUUUUUCAUGCUUCUUGCUUUAAGACAGAAAUUUUAUAUCCAAACUAUCUAUAGUUAUCUUACUUAAAUAACGGCUGUGAGGAAAAGUUGUUUUUAGAUUUAAAAAAAAUGCUAAGUAAUGAGCUUCAUAUAGGAUUACUUUAUAUGCCCCCGCCUUAGUGGAGGGGGCAUUAAGUUUUACCCUUGUCUGUCUGUACGCACGUCCCAAAAUUGGUUUCCGAUCUCUAACUUUAGUUUGCCAAAACAGUUCUAGAGUUAUUGCAAAAUUUUUCAUUUCCUCUCUCUAACUUUAGUUUGCCUCAACCAAAUGUUAUGAAACUUGUACACAAUGCUUAUUACUACAAAACUCAGAUCAAGCUUGAAUUUUGGUGGCGUCACUUUUACCGUUCUUGAGUUAUGUUCCUUUAUAAUGUUUUAUGCAAACGGGGGCAUCAUCUGUGUCCAUUUAUUUUUCUUUUGAUUGAUGUGUUACGCAGAUUUUACUCCAGGAUACAGCAAAAUAUUUUAUAAUAUACCAUUAAAUUAUUUUCUAUUGAAAUUUUUACAUAUGUAGUUUUAUAUAAGAUACUGUUGACUGAGAAGCAGACUAAUUUUGUAUAUUUGUAGUGUUUUGUGCCAAUGCCAUUUGAUGCAUUGUUCUUAAUUUGUUAUAUAAAGCAUUAGGCAUUGGUUCACCUUAUCAUGAAAUGGAAAAAUAGAAUAAAACUGAAAGUACAUUGAA